AAAACUGUCUUCAGACCAAGCCAACGCAGACGUCGGAAGAGAACGCGGUUGUGAAACAAUGGAGGAAAACUGAAAAGUCCUCUGAGAAUCGAUCCUAGUAAUGUGCUGUUCAAGACCAGAUAGUGACGCUUUAAAAAGAUUUUAUUUGGAACCAAGUACUGCCGCUUUUGAAGCGAAAUCCAAUGCCUAAAAUGAAUGUGAUUCCAAGUUGGUGAAGUGCUCCCAGUGCUGUGGCCUUCCAGGCGAAAAUAUGCCCAGAACCAAGCUUUUACGUGAUAGCCUAGCGUAGGCUGUCUGUCGGCGACUGGUGUUAAAAGCCAGCUUACACAUUUGCGGAUAUUCCAGUGUAAACAUCAAACCAAUUUUCUUCUAAAAUGCGAGAGUGCUAGACUCUCAAACUGGCAAGUGACAUGUCUGCGUCCGCGCAGGGUGAGGCUCAUGCCCCCCCAGCAGCUCCGGGGGCAGAGCCCAACCCAUAUGCGCGGUUGCCAGAUUACCGACCAGACUUCACGGGGCUGCCUCCAGAUCCAGAAUUUUCAAAAGAACGAGAGGAGGUUCGCUGGGAACCAGGAAUGGCUCUUGACGCUGACUUAAUUAUGUACUUGCGAGCUGCUCGCUCUAUGGCUGCUUUUGCGGGAAUGUGUGAUGGAGGAUCACCAGAUGAUGGAUGUGUUGCUGCAUCAAGAGAUGAUACCACCAUCAAUGCGCUGGAUGUGCUCCAUGACUCGGGCUAUGAUCCAGGAAAAGCACUGCAAGCCCUUGUGAAGUGUCCUGCACCAAGAGGAAUUGACAAGAAGUGGUGUGAAGAAGAAACGAAACGAUUUGUCAAGGGGCUCCGUCAGUUUGGCAAAAAUUUCUUCAGGAUACGGAAGGAUCUGCUCCCUCACAAGGAAACUCCUGAACUAGUUGAAUAUUAUUAUUUGUGGAAAAAGACCCCUGGUGCCAACAAUAAUAGGCCACACAGACGGAGGAGAGCAGGUUCUCUACGCCGUGCCAGAACUACCCGAAGUACUCGUUCUGGAACUCCCAAGGAAGAGCAAGUUGAUGAGAGUGCCGGUGUUGUUGCAGCAGCAGGUGCACGGCCAUCACCCAAUCCCAAGGAGUCAGGUGAUGAGAAUUCUGGCAGUGAGGAAGAAAAUGAAGAAGAGGAUGAUUCUGACUCAAGAGAUCGAGAAAAUUCUGAUCAAUGUCAUCACUGCCUGCAACGAACCACAGAUCUUGCUCCUGGUGGAACCAAGGAUCGACCGUUGCUAUGUGCAGAUUGUCGGGCUCAUUUGAAGAAGUCGGGAGAAUUGCCCCCUUUGCCUCCCAAAGGGAAUGGUGAUAGUAAUCGAAGUGAUGCUCCAUAUUUAUUUAGACCUGUUCAGACUGAUAGUCCUGAUGGUUCCCCUAGCCGCAUGCGUACCAGAAACAAAAAUGCUGCCACUGCCAAUGAGACUGGUUCAAGGCCUGCCAGGCCUAAGAGGAGUGGAACAUCCACUCCAGACAGUGAAUUGGAGAAGAAAACAGGGUGUAAGAGUCCAGGAGCAUCAAGCUCCAACUCUGGAUCAGGUUCACCUAGCGAUAAAUCAAAGAAAAAGAAACUGGAGACACCAACCAAAGGGAAGAAACGGCCACCCAUUGAUUUGGAUGGAGAUGAAGAAAAGGACUCCAAGCGGAAGAAAGGAGAUAGACCAGAGAGUCCUUCAGAGAGUCUCACCACUGAUAGUGGGUCAGUGGCUGACGAUGGCGACAAUGACAAUGAAGUGGAAGGGGGUGAUUCAAACGCAGACAUGACAGACAACAAGGCAGCGGUGAAACUAGAUCCAGACAGCAAGGCUGGUAUCAAACUAGAGGACGUGAAGCCUGUGGUCGGCGAGACUAAACCGGACCUUCCAUUGAAAGUGGAAGACAUGAAGGACGCAGCACUGCUCAAUAUUAAGAAGGAAGAGGGCCUGAUUGGCUCCAUGCCGCCCAUGAUGAAUGUCGGCCUGACUGUGAUGCCCGUGUCCACCUCCACCGACAACCACUUGUGCAAGGACGACCCGGCAGUGCCGAUCAAGCUGGAGCCGGGAGUCAGCAGGCCAGAAGAAGGCCAAGUGCAGUUCACGAUGCCAAACCCACUGCCCAAUCCGAACUCACUGCCUGGGCCCAACUUACUGCCCGGCCACAACCCUCUGCCGGGGUCAAUGCCUGGGCAGAUGUCCGCACCCCACCCACAGGUGCCUGGUAUGCUCCCUGGGUCCAUUAUUGGCCUAUCCCUCGGCCCCCAAGGAACACAAAUCAAUGGGCAGACCAACCAACAAAACCAGAAAUCAAGCCAGAACUCUCAAGGGCAACAGCAGCAACAACAACAGCAACAACAGCAGCAGACUCCUCAGCAAUCGUCUCAACAGUCCGCCCAGCAGUCUGGCACGCCAAGCCAGAGCCCUCCCGGCGGACCAUCCGGCCCGUCCGGCCCCUCUGGUCCGUCGGGCCCUCCUGGGCCUCCUGGGCCUCCCGGUCCACCAGGACCACCAGGACCCCCCGGACCUCAAGGCCCUCCUCCUGGCCAGGGCCCCACUCCAGCGUCUCCCCUGCAGCCGCAGCAAACUCCGUCCUCCCCCGGGCAGCCCGGGCAGCCCGGCCAAGCGGACAGCAAGACCGCGCCCACGUCCAACGGGCCGACCAGUGGGCAGGCCACGCCGGGGCAGUCGCCUGGCGAGACCAACACCAACGGCAAGGCCAACAGCCCCUCAGGGCAGCCCGGCACGCCGUCGUCGGGGGAUGGCGACAAACCCUCUCUACCACCCACGCCCGGGCAGCAGACCAGCCCUGCACCCACUCAGGAUGGCCCGGACGGCCAGACGUCCUCGCCAGACUCCGCCAAGCCCAGCGACGCGGAGAAGUCACCCUCGGACGAAAAGGAGAAGGGUCCGGCCAGUCACCCUGGUUCGCUGUCCGUUGGGGGUCCUCCCUCUGGGCCUCCGGGUCCGCCUGGACCUCCUGGGCCGCCAGGGCCUGCAGCGCCAGCAGGGCCAGCGGGGCUGGGCAUGCCGCCAAGGCCUCCGCUCGGGUCCAACUUGCUGGGUAUGCCUCCGGGAAUGCCCCCGGGACUGCCUCCGGGAAUGCCCCAGGGAAUGCCUCCGGGGAUGCCCCCAGGAAUGCCUCCGGGGAUGCCCCCGGGAAUGCCUCCGGGAAUGCCGCCUGGAAUGCCACCUGGAAUGCCACCAGGCAUGCCGGGCGUGCCGCCGGGUGGACCUCCGGGCAUGCCGCAGGGAAUGGGUGCGCCUCCGGGCUACCCUUACCUUACGCCACAACAGCAGGCGCAGUACCAGCAGUACCUGCAGCAGCAGUGGGGCGGCGCCGGCCUGCUGUCUCAGGCGGGGCCGCCGAACUCGGCUACCGUGCCGACUUCGGCUCCGGCCACAGUCUCGGCCUCUGCCACUAGGAGCAGCACGCCGACGUCCGGCCCACAGUCCGCUCCCGGCACCCCUGGCGCGCCAACGCCUGGCACGCCCGGACACCCCGGCAGCACGCCCACUCCAGGCAGCAUGGCCCCCAACGGCAUCCCUCCCAGCCCCCUGCCCGGCCUGCCCGGCCUGCCGCCCAGCGGACUCCCUCCUGGCGCCAUGCCUCCCAUGCCUGCUGGCGGCCUCCCCCCUGGUCCCUUGCCGCAAGGCGCGCUACCCCCGGGGUCCCUGCCGCCAGGCGGCCUUCCCCCUGGCUCCUUGCCGCCCGGAGCCCUCCCCCCGGGCUUGCCCUCCAGCAUGAUGCCCGGCGCUUUGUCUGGUGCUGCCGGCCCCCAGUCCGAGCCACAGAACCUCAAGAUAAAACAGGAAAUCACCACCCCCACCGAGCCCCUGCCACUCACGCCCAUGACGGACCCGCUGCAGUCGCUCAAGGACGUCAAGGUGCCCGGCUACACGGGCCCCCCGCUGGCAACCCUGGACUCGAUCAAGACGGAGCAGCCGGACCCACCGACUCACACCAGCGCCCCGCCGCCCAAGACGCCCCCCAACAAGCCGCGGUCCGUGACCCCGACGGACGCGUCGCGCCCCGUCAACACGCCGCCGUCGAUGCCGCGCGCGCCGUCGACGCACACCCCACCGGUGCACCCGGCCAACCUGGCGGCCAACCCGCCCACGUCCAUCCCCCAGCCCGUGAUGCAUCCGUCGCAGCAGCCGUCGCCGCUCAACCGCAUCUCGCCCGGCCACCACCUCGCGCACCCGCACGCCUUCGUGGCGCCCAUGCACCACCCGCACCACCUCAUGUCGCCGCAUCCUCUGCUGACCGCGGCCGCGCUGCACAGCGCCGGCGUGCCGCACCCCUACGCCCACGCGCACCCCUACGCCGGGUACGCGUACUCGUUCCCCUACGCGUACCCCAUCCCGCAGCCCGUGCCGCCGCCGUCCAGGAUGCACGAGCCGCCCAAGCCGCCCACGCCGCGUGACGGCUACCCGGACAGCGCCGCCAUGCUCGGCGGCAUGCAGAGGAGGGAGUCUGCCGCGGAGGAGGCGGCGGCCGCGGAGGCAGCGUCGGCGGCCCACCACCAGUCGCACGGCCACCACGGCCCGCAAGGCCCCCACGGCAAGAUGCCCAGCCAGCACUCCAGCUCGCAGCACAAGACCAGCAACAAGCGACCCGCCAGCCCCGGCGGCCCGCCCACCUCGGGCUCGCACGUGUCGGGCUCCAUGUCGCAGACGACGCAGUCCAUGUCGACCAGCCACGGCGGCCACCACCCCCACCACCCGAUGCACGCCUCGCCCAGCCCCGGCAACAAGAUCCACCACCCGCUGCCGUCACACCUCCCCGCCCACCCCGGCCACCCAGGCCACCCUGGACACCCAGGCCAUCCUGGCCACCCGGGCCACCCCGCCUUCUCGCCCAUGGGGUCCUCCCUGGACGCCCUGCGCGCGCACGCCCAGGCCGCCGCCAACAUGCAGCAGCAACAGCAGCACGGCGUGCACCGCCACGAGGACGGCCUCAAGGCCGAGGACGGGGACCACGGCGACGAGGACGAGGUGCCCAGCCCCACGCACAUCCCCCGCGGCCCCAGCCCCGAGCCCAAGAUCGAGGACGCCGAGUGCCACCGCAGCCAGAGCGCCAUCUUCCUGCGCCACUGGAACCGCGGCGACUUCAACUCGUGCUGCCGGACGGACCUCACGUUCAAACCCGUACCUGACUCGAAGCUGGCGCGCAAGCGCGAGGAGAAGCUGAGGAAGCAGGCCGAGAAGGAGAGGGAAGAGAGAGAAAAGGCUGAGGCUCGGAAGAACGCGACCCCCGAGAAGCCGGACGGCAAGCCGCCCUCGCGAGGACCCAUUGAGACCGUGACGCCCCCGUACGACAGGUUCGGUCCCCGGCCGGGCUAUCCCGACACCCCCGCACUGCGGCAGCUCAGUGAGUACGCCAGGCCGCAUGCCGGCUUCUCUCCCGGGGCGCUUCAGCGGUCCGCCGCCCUGGGUAUCCCUCCGCACUGCAUGGACCCCCUGAUGCAGUACCAACUCAACAUGUACGCUCCUGGGGCACGUGAACGAAUGGAACUCGAGGAAUUGGACCGUCAGAAACGGGAGAGAGAACUGAGAGAGUUGCGUGAGCGAGAAUUAACUGACCGACUGAAGGAGGAAAUGAUGAAGAGUGCCGCAGCAGGAGCCGGCGGUCCCAGACACCCUGGCCAACUUGAUCCCCAUUGGCUAGAACUACAUCGCCGGUACACGGGUUUGGGAGCGGGCGGACCACCUCAGGGCCCUGCUUCGUUGCACCAGUUUGGUCUGUACCCACCCCAGGGACCAGGCGGCCUACCGAGUUCGCUCAGCAAUAGUCUCAACCAGUUGGAGCGGGAGCGGCUGGAGAGGCUAGGACUCCCCGGCCACGGCGGGGCUGGGCCACCGCCCCCGACCAGUUCAGGUUCCCCAGUGGGCCCCCAGGGCCCUCACCACCCGGCCCACCAGCACGGCCAUCCCGGCCACCAUCCCGGCCACCAUCCCGGCCCCAUGCACCCCGCCCUAGGCGCGCAACUGGAGGCUGUGGUGGCGGAGCGGCAGGCGGCUGAGAGGCUGGCCCUGGCCCAGGACCCCAUGGUGCGCCUGCAGAUGGCCGGCGUGACCAUCUCGCCCGAGUACCACCACGCCCAUGCUCACGCCCACGCCCACACACACUCACACGCUCACUCGCACACACACUCUCACGCGCACACGCACCUACACCUGCACCCCGGGCAGCAGGCGCAUCAGGCGCAGCAGGCGCAUCAGGCGCAGCAAGCUCAGCAGGAGGCCGCCGCGGCCGCCGCGGGAUUCUCCCUGCCAGCAGUAGGUUAUCCUCGGCCAGGGCUAAUGCCGUCCCGUGAAGCCAUGGGCAUGCACCAUCCAAGUGAUCUACUCGGAAGACCUUAUGCUGACCAACUAGUGCAUCAGCAGGUUGCUGCCCAUGAACAGCUUCAAAGGCAACUGAUGAUGGAGAGAGAAAGAUUUCCUCAUCCAUCCAUACAUGACGAGUACCUGAGGCAACAACGUGAGCGCGAAAUGAAAGUCCGACAAUUAGAAGAGGCAGCUCGAGGUUCUCGCCAAUGAGAUUUGACUGUUUAAAAAUGAACUCCUGCAGUCAGUUGUACUGUAUCUUUACAAUCCCAGCUUGUGCGUGAUCGCUCAACAUAUUUAUAGUAAUCUUUAAUUAAAGCUUAUAUAGUUGCUUUUAUAUAAAUCACAUUAUUUCUAGAUCCUUUUUAUCAUAGCUGUGUACAGUGAUUAUGAAUGUAUCUGUAUAACUAUUUAAUUUAAUUAAUUUUGAACAUAUGUGUGAGUACGUUGAAGUAAAUUUUAAGACUAAGAGUAUAUAAACUAACAUAUUCAUAGACUGGUGUACAAAAAGUGUAAUCAUGGUAAAUAAGCUCUUAUUGUAUUUUAUGACAAUGGGACACAAAUCCUUUUCCUUGCUAUUGUGACAUUUCUUUGCUUUCCUGUUAUAUCUGAGGUAAACUGCUGAUUGUAAUCAUGUUCAAGAUCUGCCAUUUUAUUGGUUAUCUCUCAGUGUUUACCUAUCUCUCUGUAAAUCAGUAUUGUGCUUGCCUCAGUUUUAUCUUUGUCUGAUUAUUGCAGAGAUUUUAACUGCAUAUCAGCACUGUAAUGUUUUAUUUAAUGUUGUAUUUUGUUUUUAUUGCUAAUGGCUCUGUUCUUCACAAUUGUGAAGAAUAAGACAGUUUGAGUUACUCAAUCAUGUUUAGUCAAUUUGUCAAAAUGUGUUCCUUUCUGUGUAAAUGAUGUACACACUCACUUCUUGGUGGUUACCUAAGAUAGAAUUUUCCCCCUGUUCAAUGAUUAUUUAACUUAUCUAAUGUAAGAAACAUCAAUCAUGUCAAACCAGUUACUGGGAUGCAAGGGUUAACUAAUGUUGUUACUCCUCUCUAACUGUGAGUGGAUUUUUGUACUCUUAAAAUGUCAGUGCUCGCAUUGUUAAAUCAAAACUUACCAUGAAAUGUUUUAAAUGAAAUCAGCUUUUUUUGUGGGCACUGUAAGACUGUGAGCUUGAUAGUUCCUGUUUUAGCAGAUCAGAUGUCCUGAUGGAGAAUAUACGCACAUUUUCUUUUUGGUUUUGUGGUCACAGGCGAAUUGUUUUCUUUAUUAUUUAUGUUUUUAUACUAUUUUCUUUUGCUGGCGGGCCAGCAUUCCUCUUUAAAUUAUACACAACUCAUCAGAAGAAUAAACCCAAGAAAGCCUUGAUCUCUCGCAUGAGUGCUAAGAAUGUGAGUUACUGUGUAUGAUUGUGUGUAUGUUUGUGUUUGCUAUGUGUGUGUGUGUGUUAUCCUGCUCACUGCUGUGUUGUGGAGAUGUGUGUCAUAUCAUGAGCCCACUCUUGUUAGCUUUUUCCAUACUAUCACUUGAAUCUUUCCUGUCGCUUGCACUAUUUGACAAUUGUUAUAUUCCUAGACGUAAGGAAAUAAUGUGACGUUGGCUGAAUUAACUUCUCUUCCGCCAAAUUAUUCAAGACAUAGACUAUUUUGUUUUAAGACUGUUAUUUCUAGUGCAAGAGGGUCCUCUUGCGUUGUGUGCAUCACUAUGUGUUCUUUAAGAAAUUUGGUCAGCUUCUCCGGCGGUGAGGUAAACAGCAUUGAACAAAGCCACGUUCAUGUGUAUAUAUUUGCAGAUCUUGUAAAUAUCUAGAGUGGGCUCGCUGACACAAUCGACACCUAGCAGCUGACUGAUGGACACCAGGCAUAGAGGUACUGGAUCAGCAGUGCUGAUGGCAUUCUUUGUUCUGUAUUUUAGCAGUAUGGGGCAUUGUGGACCUAGUACUUCAUUAUCUGGUUGAUGGACUGAUUGUAUUUUUCUUACCGAGUGACAGGCAUACCACCUGAAGUCUGUCAUUUCGGCAGCCAUCCCAGUGUUGGUGUUUUUUUAGAUAAUAAACAUUCUUCUCUCUGGGUGUCAA